CCUACAUUUCGUUUUUGCCGGUUCUUGACAACUGUCACUGGGGUAUCCUCUAAAGUAUUGUAGAAUUUAAUAAGAAAAUGAGUGAAAAUAGCAAUAACGAGCCAACAGAAUCAACUACUAGGCAGAAUCCUGGGGAUACCCGAAAUAGCCUUCAAGUAAUAGCAAUAGUUCAAGGCGUGAAUGAAGCUGGGACUCCGACUGGAAAUGAGGAAAAUCGUCCGGAAGCCCCACCACCUGUUCCCACCACGUGUACCACUUGUGGAAGUCGCACAAUCGACCCAUCGGUCGUGAAUGUUCUGCGCAACUGCAACGCUCUUCCCAAUGAUUCCAACGAGGGCAACAACUUAUCCAUUUAUUUUUCUCGCCCCAAUCAGCCACCGACCGGGGAAUCGCCAUCUGGCGGACAACCUGCAUCGGUACCUCCCAUUGAGAUCAAUAUAAAUGUAUCCUAUAUGGCACCCAUAACCGUGGGAAUAGCUAGUUCACCUGGAGGCCAGGUAAGCACCCCUAAUGCCAGGCCCGUUCCUGCACUGGUUCCGUUGAGCUCAUCGAAUCGCAAUCCCAACAGUGUCUACGUUCAUAUCCAAAAUGGGUCCACAGCUGCAUCUACUCCUGCACCCACCUCAGGGGAGACCUAUUUGCCUACCAACUGUGAAACACUCGUUCGAUGCUCCAUUUGCUUCCGUCCAGCGAAUAUUAACCACCCCCGGGUUACAACCUGCGGCCAUGUGUUUUGUGGUCCUUGUUUGGAGCACGCCCUCAGACUCCGCUUUAAUUGUCCCAUUUGCGGAAUGCUCCAAGAAUAUCGCCAAACUUUGCCAAUUUUUUUGUAACGCAAAUUCUAAACAAAACAUAACGAAUAUUGACGCAUUUAGAUAUAAUAAUAUGAGUUAUGUGAAACUAAUAAAAUGAAUCCGAUUUAAA